AUGCUAUCUUUUCUCUAUGAUCAAGAGAGAGAAGCAAGAAGAUGGAUUUGCAGAACUUCAAUUGACAACAAAUAACAUAAAACAGGAGCCAACCUUGGAGGAAGCCUCAACUACUACUCAGAUGGCGACAGUUGCAGUAGAUAGCAGCCAAGAACCAGUACCAGAGUGCAGCACUGCAUUAGCUCCAACCGAUAAUGACUACAGCCAACAACAUUAUUUAAUCCCUGGCUACAAUCUAAUAUUCAUCAAAGAAGAAGAUUCCCACGAUGGAGAAGACAUUUCAGAAGAAGUUGACUUUGGCGCAGUGCAGAGUGAAGCAGAGAUGUGGCCCUCUAUCAGCGGCACUGCCAAUACAACAGAAGUGGGUGGACUGAAUGCACAUUCAAUCUCUACAGUGGAAAAGUGCACUGAGCCAUCUUCGGCUGGCAAAGAGACCAAGCUCUACAGCUGUGCUGACUGCAGCUAUGAAACUCCAUGGAUUACUGCUUUGAAGAGACACAUUAGAACACACACUGGGGAAACACCAUUUAGUUGUAACUUCUGUGACUACAAAUUUGCUACUUUAGGUAAUUUGAAGAGGCACAUCAGAACACACACUGGUGAAAAACCAUUUAGUUGCGAAUUCUGUGACUUUAAAUUUGGUACUUCAAGUGAUUUGAAGAGGCACAUCAGAUCACACACUGGUGAAAAACCAUUUAGUUGUGACCUUUGUGAAUUUAAAUUUGCUACUCCAGCCAAUUUAAAAGAGCAUAUCAAAACACAUACAGGUGAGAAACCAUUCAGUUGUGACCUUUGUAACUUCAAAUGUGCUACUUUAAGCAAAUUGAAGAGGCACAGAAGAACACACACUGGUGAAAAACCAUUUAGUUGUAACUUUUGUGACUACAAAUGUGCUACUUCAAGUGCUUUGAAGAGACACAUCAGAACACACACUGGUGUAAAACCAUAUAGUUGCGAAUUUUGUGACUUUAAAUGUGCUACAUCAGGCCAUUUGAAAAUACAUAUCACAUCACAUACAGGUGAAAAACCAUUCAGUUGCGAAUUUUGUGACUUUAAAUAUGCUACUUCAAGUGCUUUGAAGAGACACAUCAAAACACACACUGGUGAAAAAUCAUUUAGUUGUGACUUUUGUGACUUUAAAUUUGCUGCUUCUGCCAAUUUGAAAGAGCAUAUCAGAACACAUACAGGUGAGAAACCAUUCAGUUGCGAAUUUUGUGACUUUAAAUGUGCUACUUCAGGCCAUUUGAAAAUACAUAUCAGAUCACAUACAGGUGAAAAACCAUUUAGUUGUAACUUUUGCAACUACAAAUGUACUACUUCAGCCAGUUUAAAAGUUCAUAUCAGAACACAUACUGGUGAAAAACCAUUUAGUUGCGAAUUUUGCGACUUUAAAUUUGCUACUGCAGGUAAUUUGAAAGUACAUAUUCGAACACAUACAGGUUAAAAACCUUUUGGUUGCAAAUUUUGUGACCAUAAAUGUUCUCGUUCAACUGAUUUGAAGAAACACUUAUGAAAACACACUGGAGGAGAGUCGGUGAAAAAAUAAUUGUGAGAUAUUUAUUUAUACAAUAUGAUAAUUUCCACUGAAUCUAACAAUACCCAUAGUGGUACAAAACAAAAUAGCACUGUACAUGUAUAAACUAUAAAUUAAUGUAAAACUAGAAUAUUAUUAUGACUUUGAUUUGAUAAAGUAGAAUUGAAGGGUGCUAAACAAUAACGUUGUAAGUCCCAAAUAACAAUUUGUUCAGGAGAAGCAAAAAACUGAAACAUGCCAUUGUACUCAACAUGCAAGGAAUAUGUUCCAGAGAUAUGAUGCAUAGGAAUAAAUAACAGAUUGAAUUGAAUUGUUAAAAUCUUUAUUCAUAAACAUGUACAGGUACAUUAGGAACAGCGUCAAUAUACAAACAACAUAAACAUAAAAUGUAGUAGAAUAGUAAAAAGUAGUAAGUCUCAAACCUCCUAUAUAUAUAAAUAAACAAAAUUCGAUAAUCAACAAUCACAAACGCACAGUGCUAUUUGCAAACUCCUGCAGGGAGUACAGACACAAUGAUAUUAAAAACUCCUUGAGUUUUAUACUUAAUUUUUUAAUGUUCUCUAUUGCCUGUAAUUCUAAAGGCAGCAUUGUGAAGUAUUUCCUUCCCAUGUAGUGCGUCUUUUUCUUAAAAAAUUCUAACCUAUGUCUUCCCGUUAUCCUCCCAAAUCUAGUAUUGUACCCAUGAGUCUCAUUCCGUAGCUCUUCUACAGGGUAAUUCCUAACAUACAUGAUUACAUCAAAUACGUAUUGCCCGUAAACUAUAAGAAUGCCAAGCUGCGAAAAAACCAGUUUUACAGAUUCCAUUCUCUUUAGAUUCAUCAUUAUUCUGAGUGCUUUUUUCUGUUGAAUGAGAAUUCUAUCAAGAUUGCUUUUGGUCGUGGCUCCGUAGAUGCAUAAACCAUAGGCCAGAUGGGAGUGUACCAGUGAAUGAUAAAGCGUUUUCAUAGUUGGAAGACUGCAUUUAUUUGACAUUUGUCCUAAAGCAUACAACCCAGGGGAGAUUUUUUUGACUACCUGACAAACAUGACUAUUCCAGGAUAAAUUACUGUCGAUUUCUAAACCCAGGAAUCGUGUACCGAUUACUAAUUCCAACAUUUCAUUAUUAAUAAGGACAUUUGGGCAAAUUUCAUUUUUUCUCUGACUCGUCGAAAAUGAAAUUACGACUGACUUCCCCCCAUUCAGAAGAAGGUUCCUGUCAUUGAGAAAUUUAUUGAUAAGAGAAAGGUCAGUUGCGGAUGUCUCUUCUACACUUUGCAAUGUAUUACCUGAGAAGAUGACAUUAGCGUCAUCUGCAUAGAGAUACAAAGUAGCUUGCUCUUGGAAAACUCUAGGCAACCCCUUGAUGUAACAGAUAAAUAACAGCGGGCCCAAUAUUGUCCCCUGAGGCACACCAUAAUUCAAAUGUCUAAUGUUGGAGCGAUAUUUGUUUUUGUAGCGCAGCGUUUCAGUUUCAUCUAUAUGUUCAAUCUCUACGAAUUGCUGCCUAUCUUUCAAAUAGGAGGAGAACCAAGUACGCUCCUUUCCGUUCACUCCCAGGGUGUUUAAUGAGUCUAUCAACAUAUCAUGCCUCACACUGUCGAAAGCGCGGCUCAUAUCUAAGAACGUACCUAUAGUUUUUAUCUCCCCUGUCUAUAGCACUGAUGAUAGAAUCGAUGAAAUCCACUCCGGCUGUUACCGUGGAUUUCCCCGAUCGGAAGCCAUGCUGCUCCUUGUCUAUUAAAUUAUUUUUUUCUAGGUAUUCCAUCAAUUGAAUAUACACUACCCGCUCAAAUAUCUUUGAGAAAACAGAUAAAAUCGAUAAUGGCCUAAAACAUGCUGGAUCCUUGACAUUACCCUUUUUAAAUAUAGGAAAUACCCGGGCUAUCUUCAAAGUAUUUGGAAAGUGUCCAGAUAUUAAGGAUGAGUUUAUCAAAUGACUCAGGGGUUUGAUAAUUGCAGGUAAGACUGCUUUAACAACCGUGAUUGGGAUGUCGUCCGGCCCUGAGGAAAGUUUAUUUUCGAAAGACAUUAUUAUUUUUAUCAAGUCUGACUCAGAAAUAUAGUUGAAUUUGAAUUUAAGAGUGGAAUCACAGUUUUGAUGAUUGGAUGUGUUUAUAGGCCUAUCAGGAAUAUUCGGUCUUACAAAUUUAUCUACUGCUGUCACAAAAAAGUCAUUAAAACAAUUACUAAUGCUAGUAGGAUCUUUUAGAAGAUUUCCAUUGUCUUCAACACACAGAGUUAUUUCAGCCUCUGUCAUUUUAUGCUCAGAGAUAGCUAAUAUCUCGGGCUUUAGCUCCUCCAAGGUAAUUCUCAACAAGUUUAAGCGUGAGGGCAAGUGUAGCACAUUCUGGUGUAAAAUUGAGAUUCUAUCAUUCGCCUUUUGAGACACAUUAGUAGCUGGGUGCGAGUGAGAAGGUGUCAAAUUGUCAAGAGGAACAUUAAUAUCCAUUGCUAAAUUCAAAAUAGAGGUAUUGUGUUUUUUAGAAGCUUCAGUAUUAUUCAUCUCAAAACCAGUCCGCCAAAUCGAAGCGAUGUGGAAUCGAGAUCACGACGACGUUGGUCGUGAGCCACCAUAGAGAGCCACCAGACUCCUUCGUAAAGCAAUCAGAACGUCCUUGGCUUCAUUUCUACUGACGUCAUUGGUACCCCCUUGAAUCACCAACACAUCAUUCCCGCCAAAAUCCGUCAAUCCAUCCGGCAUGACAUCAAGAAACCUGGCCCCCGGCUUCACAAAUGAAGUGAAAUUCAAGUUGCUUUUCCUCUUGAAGUGUCUUCCGACAUCUCUACCCUGGCUGUCAGCUUAGUGGUGAACCGUGAGACUAGGAGUGGCUGGACUGGGUUCACACUGUUUUGAAACUACAGCAUCACUAUCGACAUUUGAAUUUGAAAUGCUCGUUCGACUUGGUUUAAUUCCAUUAUUCGACUUGGUUUGUUUGCUACCAUUCUUCAUGGAUUUAUAACGCAAGCUCUUAUUUUUAUUAGAGCUAUCUCUUAACAAGCUGUUCUCAUUCCUCAGAGCAUUGUUGUCAGCCUCCAAGGUUUCAAUUGUCACUGACAUUGCUCUUAGCUGACUUCUAACAUCUCCAUUCUCUCUUUCAAAUUCCAGCGUUACUGACUUGAUCUGUUCCCUCUGUGUUUCAACUUGUUUCUGAAGAGAUUCAAUUUGCAUUUUUAAGUCUUGUGAAUACGCAAUCAUAUCAUCACGCUGCUGUAGAAGCUCUAUUGCACGCAAACUAGGCGAUUCAUUGUUUGAGACUGUUCUUGCUGUUGGUGUGUUGACACCCAUAUCGCACAUUGCUCGUUGAGGUGAAUGAAUACCCUUACAACUGACAGGAGUGGAUGGCAACUUAUCCGUGCACAGAGGAGUUGAUUGUCUGACAGAAGAGUCAUUGAUCACGGUACUUGCGGAGGCCAGAUCAGGAGCUGGAUGAUCGUGCUUCCCGCUUGUUUCUAAAACUGUAUGAACCUGGGCGUUUGUUUUCAAAGUAUAUGGACAGCCAUUGUUUAGACAUCUCCACGAAACUCUUCCGUCUAGCAUUGUACGUUGUUUUCUGAAUUUGAACCCGUUGACCUCUAUAGCAUCGUUACCCCUUUGUGUUGAAGAUCUAUUUAUUGUUGGCAACAUACUUAUAAUCUAUUACAGUAGUAAUUGUGCGGUGUUCUUAUUCUGUGAUUCAAAACUUUAUUUGAUGCCCGAUCUAUAAAGUUCUUGCAAGUGAAGUAUCAGAGAGGAAGGAAAACUGGAAGGAAAAUUGACAAGUGCCGAGAGAGCUAUCAAGGUGGUAAAAAGAAGCUCCUGAUAGGGUAAAGGGAAAGGAAACAAUAUAUUAAAGGCCUUGUAGCCACGUCAGUUUGCAAAAAUCACAAGAGCGAGAUAUAGCUCGAUGAAAUUAAUUUAAAAAGUGCCGCACUUGUUUGUCAUGGUUACAUAUAAAUAAGAUCUGUAAUUAUGCAGUUGCAGUAUAAAUAAGUAGGUAAACAAAAAACAGCUGGUUAAUCUACUUCACCAGUCAGCAGAGCAGUAUAGAUAACACUAUAUUGAAAACAGUUUAUCGCGUUAUCUAUCAGAUUAGAACCUACACCCCUGCCAUCACACUUAAGCUGUCAAUAGCAGUUACGAUGGAAUCGUAGGAAAGACGAACCACUCAGUCAAAACGACAAGAAAUAGCACGUGUAUGCCAGUGGCAACGAAAAAUGGAGUCAAAGUGUCCAAAAUCGUGUGUGAUCCGCGUUAUUCUAGUCACCAACCGGUCCUGCAGUUAUGGAAUUCUUAAAAGAACAGGUACUUCACACUACCUAAAACUUCUGAACUACAUGAAUUUCACAUUUGUUAGUAAAUAACCACUGUAAAAUUAUGAAAUUUGCGGAGCGAAUUUCUCAACAACAUUACAAAGUAGCCCAGUGCUACCAACACCAGAUGAAAAUGUUCAUUAAAGACAUUUUAUUGAUUAGAACAACAUUUAAACUAACAUGAAAAAAUAUUUCCUUUUACUUAAAUACUAUACAAGGAGUAAAAUAAAAAAAUGAUGAUUUACUUGAUUGAAUUUAUUGAUAAUGCUUCACUCUGAAAAUAUGUUUUGAUCACAAUAAGAAUUCAAAUAAUAUGAAAAAAUAUAUACUUUUACUAUUCCUUUUACCCAUUAGGAAUAAAAUAAAAAAAUGAUAAUUCA